UCGGCUCUACAUUAUGCAGUUGCGGAAUCUAACGUAAGAUUAGUCCAAGCAUUAAUCAUGCGGAGGGCAGAACUUAAUCUUCAGGAUCAAGAGGGAAGAACCCCUUUAUAUGAAGCCGCUUCCCGUAACGUGGCCAACUGUCUCAAGCUUCUCAUCAAUGCCGGUGCCAAUAUCAAUAUUACCGAUAAUUCUGACAUCAGCCCUCUGGCGGCAGCAGCAGCACAGAACCAUGAGCAUUCUAUCGACCUUUUGCUCGACCUGCUGUCGAUGAUCCUCAAAGCUAAGCCUGAGGCAGUACGUGAUAUAGACGAGGACGGUUGGACGCCACUUCACUGGGCAUGCCGUCAAAAGAACUCCGUGGAUAUUAUUCAUAUACUACUCGACAACGGGGCAGAAAAGAAUGCUGCAACUAAGAGAGGAUGGCGACCAAUUGAUGUUGCUAAAUAUCAUGGC